AUGUUACAAAUGUAUCUUAAAGAGUUGAAUGCUAUUAAAGAUGAUACAGAAUCACUUACAAUUAAUGUUUCAAGUUCGGAGACUUGUACACAUUUUAGUGCGAUAACUGAACCUUGGAGUUUCAUUCCCGGUACUGGAAGAGUACCGGGAACCCGGAAAGUGGAGGCACCCGCGGCAUUAUCUGUGAAAUGCUACCGGUACAGAGAACUACGGGCCACCAACACCUGCUGCAGGAUGGUUGACUACGCUAGGGACAACGGGAGCAACAUCUUGGAGUGCGCUACACGAAGCGGUCCUGGGAACGUCGGAACACAAAGGUUAUCUUCGAGCAGCCUAUCAGAAGCAGCGGGAACUCCGACCGUUGCAACACUAACAGAAGAAGCACUGCACGUGAAGGCCGAGGGAGCUGGAGGUCAACACUGGGUGUUCCUGGGAGACUCGCACAUAAGGAACGUCUUCGAGAUCCUAGUCAAGCGAAUUGCUGGUCCCAGGGUCAAGUACCGACUGAAUUCCUUUGAGAAGGAUGAGUGGAGGGACGUCGAGUUAAUUUUCGAGAAGGGAUGGAACAUGUACCAUGAAACCAUAGACGUGGUGCAUUUGGACGUGCCCUUGAGACUCACCUUCUACUGGGACAUUCACCACGCCCAACUGCCACACCUCCUUCACCAGUGGCUCGGACCCCCACAACGCACACCUUCUCUUCUCCUUGUUGGUGAUUCCGUGACACACUGGAUCGUGGAGUCGUGGGACGAGAAAAUACUAUCGUCGUUGAUAUUCUUUGACGAGUACCAACAGCAGCUGAGGAACUUCUCGCGCCAGCUCUCACGCCUCGCGCGCCACACUGCAGUUAUCUUCAAGCUACAAGACCACGUCCCGCUUGGCGAAUGGUUCCGGCACAAUAAUGUUGUUACGGACCAGUUCAACAGCCUAGCCAGGGAGUGGUUGUCUGGCAGCGGGGUGCUCGUCUGGGACAGCACCCUCCCACUCGCUAACCAGUAUGUACAACAAUGCAUCAAACAUCACAGACAAACUCCAGAUAAUACCUGGAAAUGUAAUGAUGUUUACCACGUUGGCUACAUUGUAAUUGAACAGUACGCUGAUAUGUUAAUGAAUUACAUUUGUAAUAGAUUUCUCGGUGUCGGUGAUAAAUACUGUCUCUCAUAG